AUGCAUAACUCGCGAUUUUCGUAUCCAAUCUCCAAGCCGUACCCUUUCAGGUGGUUCACACCCGUCGCCUUGGUAGGCGGUCUUGUUCUUGCAGUCUUACUUUCGUUGCUCAACCUGAGCGCGAACGGCUUUUACCUGAAGACUGUCUACACGUCCGACCCCAACAGCACUGAAGCCCAUGCAAAUGCACAACUAAAAUAUCUUCAAAGAUGGUUCAGGCAGCGUCCAUUCAAUUGGCAGAGUGAUGUGCAGACAGAAUGCCAACCGCAUCUGUUGUCCGUUGGAGAUUCCUUCUUCACCACAAACCUCGGCUUCCGAUACACUAUCAAAGCGAUUACAGACCCGGCCAGAACCUCCUUGUCCACAAUUGGUUACAAGAACAACACCCUUCAGAACUGUAUGCCGAAGGAAUCUUUCUUCCUUCAGUUGAGAAAGUCCGACACUGCGGCUCCACCUGCGCCUUCAAGAUUGCUUUCAUGGAUAGAUUCAUCCAUACUGGCGACAUUCAAUUGUACUAUUGCAACUGAUGACGGCCUGAUGACUAUGACGGUCACGAACGAAUACAGGGUUUCAGGGGACGAGAUCUAUAGCUAUGCUAUAGAAGAUGAUUACAAGACACAUGCCAGCGUUUGGUGGGGAACCAGAUUACUCAACGCCUAUUGGAAUGGGGUGCUAGUUACGGCAUCCCGCAUGACAAAGGUAAGAGACGGAAAGAAAUAUGUCGUCCGAGCUCAUUUAUAUUAUACAUUGGACCCAUUUGAAACAGACAUUCAAGACGACAAAUUCUUCAACCUGUACUGGUGGACGGGAAACGAUGACAGCUCGGGGCCGAGUAAAAACGAUCUAGAAGAUGACGAAGGUUAUCACGACUACAACUCUAAUUUUUAUGUCUCGCCGUCAUUAACAGAAGGACUCCACUGCACCAAGAUCUUGUAUUCUCUUCUUUCCCUGGAUCUGGGUAAUUGCCAGUCGCCAAGUCUUCUGCUUGAUGACAAUGGCCUGGAGUACGCAAUUCUGGCACCAAAUGACUCGAAUCGAGCGCCUGGGGGCCUCCUGAAUGGAUCCGCUUCUGCUCCAGAUGGAAUAGAACGUUUCAACCGGAUUCCUAGCCCUGUGCCUAAUAGCACAGAUAAACAUCUGACAGAUCUCAAAGACUCAUUCGAUAAGUUCCAUUCUCUUAUGGGACCCUUGGGCUGCAAAAAUGCCACCAUUGUUGACCAAUACCUUUGCUCUGUUCCUCAGCAAAAAAGCUGGGGGGUAUUACUUUUCUCAAUAUUGCUUGCGGAUCUAGUCUUCCUCCAGGCGGCUUGGAAGAUUCUGACAUGGACUGCCGAUGCCUUGGUAAAGAAGGAUAACCCGGAAGCAAUGUCCUGUGAGGGCCAUCGGACUCAGAGCGAAUCCUUUCAGCCGUUGGACAGCUCUAGUGCAUUUCAUCAUGAGUUUAGACAGAUUCCUUGUCAACCUCGGAAGGUUGCGACUUACUAG